CGUUCGCCGAUUGGCCAGAAGAGCCGCUCGUGAAACUGCCCAGCAGCUGCGCCGUUAGAGCCGCCAGGCGCUGCUCCCAUCGCGGUCAUCCUUUUCCUCCGCUCACCCCUUCAAACAAUGUUAUCUAUAUUCUGCACGGCUCUAAAUCAUUCGCUCACCGCUACAUCUGAGACUUUGGAUUGAUUCUACCGCCUACAGUUUGCCAUGGCGACGGUGGUGAUGGAGCAGAUCGGUCGCCUGUUCAUCAACGCUCAGCAGCUGCGUCAGAUCCCUCAGCUGCUGGAGUCGGCCUUCCCCACGCUGCCUUGUACCGUGAAGGUGUCCGAUGUUCCCUGGGUGUUCCGCGAGCGCCACAUCCUCACCGGCUACAGGCAGCCAGACCAAAGCUGGCGCUACUACUUCCUCACUCUUUUCCAGAGGCACAAUGAGACCCUCAACGUGUGGACCCAUCUGCUGGCCGCCCUCAUCAUCUUGGUGAAGUGGCAGGAGAUCUCAGAGACAGCCGAUUUUUUGCGAGACCCUCAUGCUCAGCCCCUCUUCAUUGUCCUCCUGGCAGCCUUCACCUACCUCUCCUUCAGCGCCCUCGCUCAUCUUCUCUCUGCCAAGUCCGAGCUCUCCUGCUACACCUUCUACUUCCUUGACUACGUGGGGGUCGCUGUCUACCAGUAUGGCAGUGCCCUGGCACACUACUACUAUGCCAUAGAGAAAGAGUGGCACACCAGAGUGCAAGGGCUCUUUUUACCUGCAGCAGCAUUCUUGGCUUGGCUCACCUGCUUCGGCUGCUGCUACGGCAAAUACGCCAGCCGUGAGAUACCGUCGUUUGUCCUCAAGCUCUUCCAAGUGGCACCCUCAGCCUUGGCUUACUGUUUAGACAUAAGCCCCGUUGCUCACCGCAUCUACAGCUGCUACCAGGAGGGCUGCUCUGACCCGGUGGUGGCGUACCAUUUCUACCACGUGAUCUUUUUCCUUAUCGGCGCCUAUUUCUUCUGCAGCCCUCACCCAGAGAGUUUCUUCCCUGGGAGGUGUGACUUCAUCGGGCAGGGCCACCAGAUCUUUCACGUGUUCGUGGUGGUGGGCACCCUGACGCAGAUCGAAGCGCUGCGAACAGACUUCACAGAGCGCCGCUCCUCCUACGAGCGCCUUCACGGCGACCUUGCGCACGACGCUGUUGCACUCUUCAUCUUCACUGCCUGCUGCUGCGCUCUUACCGCUUUUUAUGUACGCAAGUGUGUACGUGCCUCUCUCCACGAGAAGGAGCAGUAAGAAUUGAAUUGUGUGGGAGAAAAAAAAAAAGAUCUAAUUUAUUUUACUCUGUAGAGACCAUUAAUUAAAAUAAUUCAAAUGUUUUUUGUCAAUGGAAGUUAUCAGUUUGUGACAGUGACUUAUGAUUAUUUCUUCUAUGUGAUUUGCCAAACUACAGUGACUAUCAAAGUGAUAAAGGUUGUUUUACUGACUUUUCAUUGAGGAAAAGGGAAUCUAGUAAUUUGUCAGCAGCAGUACAGGUAGCACAUUAACACUGCAAUGAGUCCUUGCAUCUUUACUCUGCUCUUUUAUUAGUCUGCAAGGUUUUUAUUUAGGAAUGUUUUACAAAAUACACUUUUUGUCAAGGUGAGCAGACAAAUUAAGAGAUUGGUUUCUUAAGAUGCCUUUGGUUUCUUAAGAUCACAUUUAGAAUUAUCUCACUGUCUCAAUCAAACUGUAGCAUUUAAAAUCAUGUAAGCAUUUAUUUUUACAGUUUGCAGUCCCAUAACACUUUGUAUAUACAGUCAGAUACCUAUUCCAAUCCAAUUUAAACUGGUGUACUUCCUACUUAUCUAGGAAGAUACCUCUCUCUUUUUCUUCCUUUUGAUUCUGCCCCUCCCUUUAGGGAUCGAAGCAGGAUUUUAAAAUUUUAAAUUUAUCAAGGCGCUAACACUGUGCCAUGCAAAUGUUUGAACAUAUUCUGGGGAAAAGUUGAGAACCCAAUUUGAAAACCAAAUAUUGUACCUCUUUAUUUAAAAAAGAAAAAAAAAAGAGAUGUUUUUUUUUUUCUUCGGUGGGUGAUACGAUUCUGUUGAGUUAUGUUGAAAAUGAGGCUGGCACUCACUGGUAUUGGCUAAAGGAUGGGUGGUAGAUUACUGAUGUCCCUUUGUCGUCGUGACGGUGUUAAUCUCUUUUAUUCAAAGGGCUGGAACUUCAGCUUUUGCCUUUUCACAUCCCAUGAUAUCAAUGCUUUUUGAGUGCAUUGUUUUCACUGUCGGUCGAUUAGAUUGGAGUCACAAAAAGCCGUGUCUGACUGGUGUUCUGCUUUUAGGUAUAUUUUGUUUUUGUAUGAUGAAUAUGUAUGUGCCUCUACGCAUGUCUUUUGGUAUAUACUGUGGAUGUUAAGUGUGUGAAUGUCUAUGAAAGCUUAGCCUUGCACUUGUUUCUUACCCUGUAAAUAAGCUGUAUUUCUCUAGAAAGUCAUUUGCAUCCCAUUUUCUCUGUAUCUAAUAGCAUUCAGACCUGAAUGCAUAUCUUUUUUUUCUGGUGGAAUGCAGCACACUCCCAUUGUCAAGUCAAGUCAAAUUUUAUUUAUAUAGCGCCAAAUCACAACAGAAGUUAUCUCGAGGCACUGUACAUAUAGAGCAGGUCUAGACCGUACUCUUUAUCAUUGUGCUGCAUCCUUUCUGUGUGUUUUAUGUUUGGUGUCCUCCUGCCUAUCAGACUUUAAUGGCCAUAAAUACACCAUUUCAUACUGUUACUCUGAAGAAUCCUUUUUGUUUUUACUCUUGUUUUUUUUUUUUUUACUUUUGUUAUUGAUAGAUUACACAGAUAUGGCUCACUGGUAAUGUUGCUUAGAUUUCUAUCUCACAAAAUCUUAAAUGUCAGAAAUGAUCUAUAUUCAUUGCAACACUCUCUGUUCAUGAUGGUGUUUAAUGUGCCAAUGAAUCUGUUAUUGCUUCAGCGAUGGUACUACUGAAAGAUGAAUCCAGAGACUGAAUGUCACGAGUGACAAGUUGAUUUUAAAUGAUGUCUUGACCUGACUGCGAAACAUGUUACUGGUGAGAUGUUAACCUCAACCUCCCCCUGAAUAUGAACCCUCUAAUUGUUGACUUUGGCACUACUGACCUGGUCUCAUCAUGCACUGCCUGAAUCAACACUGUAUAUACUGUAGCUGACAACACUGGCUAUGUUUACAUGCAUGGAGGUGUCUGCCGUUAAUGUGGUUAUUCUGGUUUUGUGUGCAGGGUAACCCUGGGUGAAACUGUACUCCAGUUCAGGGACACCUGUGCCAGACACCUCCCCUUUUUGUGCAGGGUUUAUAUAUUGGUUGGCAACAAGGUUGACAACUGACUUUGCACACAUAGUCUCAUGCUUCAUCGAAAGGCUACUUUGUAGGCUAAUGAUAUCCAGUUGGCAAAUGAAGCCUCUAAGUCUCUCACCAGCCCUGCCUGUGACAUGAGGUCAUUGUCCUAAUCAUCAAAAGGACCAAAACGAUUAAAACUGGGCUUAUAAUUUCUUUCCCAUGUGUUACAGUUAACAGCUGGAAAGUGACCAGUAUUUUUUUGCUAAAUAGAUUGUUGCAACAUGGAUACUCUUAUCACAAACCUGAUUAAGAUCUUAACUGGAAUAUGGACAGCACUCCAUGUAAGUGACGUGUGUGUGUGUGUGUGUGUGUGUGUGUGAGUGAGUGAGUGAGUGAGUGAGUGAGUGUAUGAGUGUGUGUAAACGUAGCCUCUGAUGCCAUCCAAGGUUUCCUUUUAUCCCUUUAUGAAAGCAGGGUGAGAGGGACCAGAAUGUCUUCUGCCUCUAAAAAUAUGUGUGGCUGACUGUACUAAUAUUCUGUGGUAUUUAUGAAAAUAAAGUGUUACAGUAACUUCAA